AUGCUCCUGUCGUCCGAUGUGGACGAUCUGGCGAGCAGGCUUCUCGAAUGUAAUUGCAUGCCGUCGACCCGACGAGCAUCUGGCCAGCAACAGCUUAGCCUGGCAACUCAAAGUUUCGGGGCCACAGGAGGCCCUGGCAACCGCGACAUCGAGGACAACAUGUCUUACUCGCCUUCGUCCACCUUUUCACUUUGCGCUUCUCUCCUUCUCCACUUGCCUCUGAACACAUUUCCAUUAUCUUUCUUACUCGUAUCCCUACCGCUAGUCCCGACGGGAUGCCUUCAAGGCUGGACGCGUUGCGAAGCCGUCUCCUUGCCUACUCUUCACCCGGCCUACGUGUUUCAUCGUCUUUCCGUGUGCAUUUCUGUAUAUCUCUCCGACCUGUUUGGUAUCUGGCGGGCAUAUCUAUUUACGAUGCUAUCGCUCGGCACUUUUCGUGUCCUGCUUCAACAUUUGCCUCUCCGUUUCCCAUCUUCUCACGUUGACAUCUCCAAAAAGUGUCCAAUACUUGAAUUACUUACUAGUCUUUUCAUACAUUUUGUCCUGGAUCGCGCUGAUGCUUUCGCAAUUCUCCAGCCCUUCCAGCAUCUUCUCUAUUCUCACAUGCACAGUUUGUCUGUCAAUCCACUCUGUCCAUCCCGUCCAUUCGCCCACCCGAAGCCCACGGCUUGGUCACUGUCAUCGUAUCGUUUGCGUCUUUUCGCGUUGGCGACGUUGUUCGGCUAUGCCCCUGACAACCAACGACCCUCGCCACAAUUCCCGAUGGUAUUCCUGACCUGGAAUUUGCUCGAGACCAAAACCCAAUGGUUUGUGUCGGCGGCAGCGGCAGCGUCAGUGGUUGACUGCUUCUCUUGGCCCCACAAUCGGCUUAGUCCUGUUGUCUUUUUCUCUCAUUCUGUGUCCGUUCUUUUGGUAUCAUUCUUCACAACCCUCCCGGCCUCUUUGAAUGAAACUCUUCGCCCUCAAGGUAUAGCUUUCAUCUGGUGCCUCUGGCAUAUUUUACCCAGUGACCUUGCUCAGACUUCCCAGCCCAAUGUCACCGCGCCUCUUUCUAAUGGGUUUUCGACUAUAUUCUCUCCGUAA